AUGACUGAGGCACCGCCGUGUCCCGGCGGCAAGACCCCAAGUCCUGGAUGCGGUUUGAAGACGCUGUACUGGGCAUGUGUCCACAAUGACCUCGCUGAGCUCCAAGCCAGGCUGGACGUCGGGGUGUCUCCAGAGGAGGCCUCCCAAGUGGACGGCAACGGGAGGACAGGCCUCAUGGUCGCAUGCUACCAUGGCUUUGGUUCCAUUGUGGCUCUGCUCAGUGGCUGUCCUUUCCUGGACGUGAACCAGCAGGACAAAGACGGGAACACAGCCCUCAUGCUGGCGGCUCAAGCAGGUCAUGUGCCUCUGGUGACUCUCCUGCUCAACUACUUUGCUGGCCUGGACCUGGAACGCAGGGAUCAGCGGGGACUGACAGCUCUGAUGAAGGCUGCCAUUCGGGACCGCUCUGAGUGCGUGGUUGCACUCCUUAUGGCAGGUGCUGACCUGAGCUCCGUGGAUCCUGUCCGGGGCAAGACAGCCUUGGAAUGGGCCGUUCUAACGGACAGCUUUGACACUGUACGGAAGAUCCGGCAGCUGCUGAGGCGGCCCCAGGCAGAGCAGCUCAGCCUGCACUACCAGCCAGAGUGGCCAGCCUUGGCCCAACUUGUGGCCCAGGCCCAGGAUCAGGCUGCCCCAUCCCUCCUAGAGAGGCUGCAAGCUACUCUGAACCUCUCCUUUGCUCAGUUUCCUCAGGAAGGGGGUGUCCUGGACCACUUGGUGACUGUCACCACCAGCUUGGCCAGUCCCUUCCUGACCACUGCCUGCCACACACUGUGCCCUGACCAUCCACCCACGCUGGGCAUUCGGGGCAAGUCAGUGCCAGAGCUGUUGGGUACUGCCCCUCCACCUCCUCCAGCACCCCAUCCUCCUCAGGAAGUCCCUGUUCCCCAGGCCUUUGCCCCCUACCAGAGCCCUCAGAAUAUGCUCUCCCAGUGGCUACAGUCCAGGGAGAGCACCAGUCUCAGGUCCCAAGUCCCUAAGAUCCUCCUCUCUAAGGCACCUUCCCCUGCUACACAGUACGAGUUGAUACUCAGACCUCCAGGGAAGCAAAGUCUGACUCUUCCCAUCUGGAGAUUCCAGGAGAAGAAGAAGAAGGAGGAAGAAUAA